AUGAUGAUUAUAAGUCCACAUAACUCUUCUUACUAAUUCAACAGCAACAUUAAUACUCCUUCUAACGCUUAAAGCAUGUUGAAUUCUCAAGGGAGUUAAGGAUAAAUUAAAUAAAAAAAUAAAUUAAUGUUAGCCAUUCGACCAUAAAAUGAGUAUUAAGUUUAUUAAAAUCAAGAUUCUAACACACCAUUAAAGGAUAUUAUAUUUGCGCCAUAAGUAAAAAAAUAAAAAAUCAACUUUAGCCAAGCAUCUUUAAACAAAACAUCUAGUUAAGGAUUUUUGAACAAAUCGAAUGCUAACCAAGGAUAAAGUUUAAUGGCUACUGAUCAAGGAGAAAAUAAUAAUAAUUUUCAUUUUAAUCAUCAGCUGUAGAAAAAAAAUAGUUGUGUUGGAUUGGCCUUGCCAUCAAAAACUAUUUAUGGCAAUGAUAAAAUACAAUCUCCUACUCAACCAUUAACAGCGAAAGCAGGAGAAUAAAAACAAAAUAACUUUUAUUUCCCUUCAAAAAAUAGUAAAAUAAAUAAGAGAACCAUUUAUAAAUUCAAUGAGAAGAUUUUAGAUUCUUAAAAAAAACCUUUUCAAAGUAAUGGAAUAGUUUUGACGACAGAAAACUCUCCAAAACAAAAGUUAACUAUUCCAUCCUCUUAAAUUGGUACUUCAAGGCUUUCGGUAGAUGCUAAUUUUGAAAAGAAAUAAGUAACAUUAAGUAACUUUAAUAGGCUAACUUCUUUUAUCCAAAAAGAAUAAGUAAACAAACUUAAUGAGAACUCUGAUUCUAACAAUAAUAGCAAGCUUUCUCCAAAUGGCCAUCAAUAAAAAGUGCAACCAAAUAACAACAGUAGCCAGCCUUCUUAAUCACUACUAUUAGUAGAAUAUAGAAAAUUGCAGCUGGCAAAUUAUAAACUCCAGUAAAAAGUUUAACAACUUGAGAAGCAAUGUAUGGAAUAAGAAGAAAAAUUAUUAGAAAAGGAUUAGAUGCUUGCUAUUUAUGAAAGCAAAUCUUAAAAUGGUUCUAUUUUAUAGCUUAAUUCAUUUGUUUCUACAAGUAAAGCUUUUCAAUUCAAGUAGUAAUUAAAUAAAAUGCCAUCUCUUAUAGCUACGAAUAGUAACACUGUAUAAAAUACGUAAGUUGACACAAAUGUAUCUAACAACAAUUCCUUUAAUAAUGAUAAGAAAAACUGUAAUUCAUCAAAUGCUUAAAUGUCUUUAUCUUUAAGCAAAUCUCCACAUUCUCCAUAACGCAGUAUUUUGCACUUAUCAACAAUAGCAAAUGCAAAAAGUUUGUAGAAUCAUUCAUAAUCUAUAAAUGAACUGAUUUCUCCAAAACCUUAAAAGAAUAAAACAAAAUUGCUCAGUAUUAACUUACACAAUUCAGAUGCAAAGGAUUUACCAAAAGACCAAUUUAAUUAAUUUUAAUAUUCUUAAUAGCCACACUUUAGUGAAUUAUAUUCGGAUAAAUUAGAAAGUAAUUUUAUUAUCCAUGAAUCAUUGCUUCAUUAAAUAUCUCCCAUAAAAGAAAAACAAUAAUGUGGGUUUACAUUUUAAAAUGGUUAAGAAGAAGAAGAAAAAAAUACAAGAAAAUAAUAACUAGAUGACUAGCAAUUAAAUAUCUAAAAAGGAUUAGAUGAUCUUCUUUCAAGAUUAAAAAAAGUUUUAGCUUCUAAAAAGGCAAAAAAGUGA